AUGCGAGUUCUACCGCCAGGGCUUGGGAAAGCCAAGUCCUCAUUCUUUUUGUUAUUUCUCCUGGUACUUGCCAUCGCUACUCAAGUGUCUGCUGUACCGGCAGAUGAUCCUUCACCGGACACCGAUGUCGCCAAGGCCGUCGACGAUCCGGGCACCACUACCACCACUCAAAGCACCUCUAGCGUGAGCGAGACAACCACCUCAUCCACCUCCACCUCCACAACGUCGAGUUCUACUACCACCUCUUCCUCGUCCACCAGCACAACCAUGGAUCAGAACACAACGUCCACCACCUCCACCACAUCCUCUUCCUCCUCCACGUCUUCCACCUCCAUGACCGACACAAGUACAACAUCAACGGUCUCCACGACAACGACAUCAACAUCCUCUUCCAACACUGCCGCUGCCAUCGUGACAAUACCCCCAACAGCGAACGCCCCAUACAUGCAAGAGAGCAAUGCACCAGAAGGCACAGUAUUCAUCGCCGUCGGCGCAGCCCUCGGCCUAAUCGGUCUCACCCUCCUCGCCUGGCGCGCAAUGGUCGCAUGGUCAGUCAACCGCUCCGUUCGCCGCGCCGCCGAAAUGCACGCCUCAGAAUCCAAGCGUCUCCUCCGCGGAAACAGAAAAAAGCGAUCAACACCCUACGCGACCGCACCGACCGCCGACGUCUCGCUCGACAAACUCGGAGCCGCAACCCGCGCAAGCUACAAGCCCAACCGGGUCGCAAGCGCAGGCAGCGGCCUCUUUUUCUCGCCUACCGCAGCCGGCCCGACUGGAUCGCAUGCCAGUCUGAAUGCUCCAGGGAGCACAGGGAACCGUGCCUCGACAUACCUGCCUGCUGGGUACUAUGCUGCUGCCAGCGGCUCCAACCCCGCCCCAAGCGGAGACCCUUUGUACUCGCCCACUGCUGGUCUCUCGUCGCCGUCCCUUGCCCCUACUGGCGUCUAUAAUCAGCGCCACUCUUAUGUAGGCGCCUCGACGAGUUCGUUGAAUCUCAACCAGGCGCCGCUGGGUCGGGCUCCUAGCGCGUACCUUGAGGAUUUGUUUGAGAGCCAUGUGCCGUCUCAAAACUCCGAUUCGGGCCGUCGGUAA